AUGGCGCAUUCUAAAGGGACCGACUGUCCUGAAUGCGGGAAAAAAGUUCACCAGAAUAGCUUUUAUCGACAUAUGAAGAACACCCACAAAUAUUCUGAAGAACAGUACCUUCAAGUGAAAAUAAAACACAAACUAGAACACUCAGCUUUCUUUACAUGCCCUCUAUGCAAUGAAAAGGUGGUGGACCAAGAAGCUCUGGCAAACCACUGCUCAGAGUUCCAUUCAAAGGAUGGCGCUGACGGUCGACCACAGGAUUAUACCGUGUUUUCAAAGGAAUUUCCUAAUAAAGAAGAAUAUCAGAGGUGGUUUUCGGAGGAAUGUAAGAACAACUGUACCACAUUUUGGCAAAGAUCGAAUGACCGUACGAAAAUGGGAAGAAGGUUCAGGCUCUGGUGCAACCGUGCGGGAAAGGCACGUAAGACAGCAACUGUGAGGAAUAAAAAAAGCCGGAAGAACAAUGAUUACUGUUCAUGCUUUCUGACCGUGGAGCACCGUAAUAAUGGCGUUGUGAAAGUCAAAGGAUGCUUUGGUCAUGCUGGUCAUGAGUUAGACCCAGCUGCGCUACGCUUGUCCACUGAUCAGCAGGAAUACCUGAAAAAGCUACUUGAAGAGUAUCCGAUGGACUAUGUCAUACAGCGCGUUCGAGAGGAACAUCGUGAAAAAAAGACAAGGUUGUCCUUCGUCUCCAGAGAUGAUCUUUGGAAUGUGACGAAGAAGUACAACAUCAAGCCACGCCGACGAGAAGCUACCGAUCCAAAUUAUUUAGCAAUGCGCCGUAGAGAGAGAAAGUUAAAUGAAAUUUUAAAGAUAUGCACAGACAUUGAAGAUCAAGCAAAGUUGCUCGCUCAGAGUAACUCUGUCGAUUCUCUAAAGAAACUGGAUGCAAUUCGAGAGCACUUAAAACUUGCAGCGACUGUCGCCGCAUCGCCUUCUCCAACAGACCUCGCUCCAUGUCGGAAUUUGACACGAAAAGAGGCUAAACCACAAGUUCAGCAUUGGGAUUUCUUGCCUGCAGGGAAGAUACCGAAAUCAGAACCAGUGUUCUUCAUAGAACAAGAGAACUUGAUUUGGGAUCCACCACUGGAGCCUGGGCCAGCCAGCUGA